AUGACCGCAGCGACCACACAAAAUCGCAUAGCAAUGUUAAAGGAGGCCUAUCUCCAAAGCCAAGAAUUGGACGCCAAGAUCGCCGCUGGGAUCGAUCCGAAGACCAAAUCCAACAUGCCGUAUUUCGUUGACAAUCAAUUCGAGAAGUCCGAGGAGCGGUAUCAAGAGACUCUGGAUUACAUGGCGGAGGUCCUUGCCAAGGUCGCACCUCCACCGGAGCCAUCAGCCAGCAACAUGGGAACUUCAAAUCCGAUGACGUCAAAGCCAACGGCCCAUCUUCCGAAGCUACAGUUGCCGACCUUCGAUGGAGCGUUCGACGAGUGGGAGACUUUCCGUGACCGUUUCACCUCCAUGGUAAUAAACAAUCUUUCUUUGUCGAACGUAGAACGUCUCCAUUUUUUGUACGCCUCGUUGACAGGCGAAGCGAGCCGAGCCGUUAAGCAUCUCCCGGUCACCGAAAAUAAUUUUGAAAUCGCGUGGAAGACGAUAACAUCGCGGUACGAAAAUAAACACCGGUUAAUUUCGACCCAUUUAAACACAUUGUUUUCGUUACCAUCUGUUUCGUCGGAAACACCGCAUGACCUCAAACUGUUACGCGACAAAAUGAAUAUGUCCCUUCAAAUGCUCCGAAAUUUAAAUCGACCGGUUGACGCUUGGAGCGAUCUGCUUGUUUUUAUGGGAGUUCAAAAAUUAGAUCGAGCUUCGCGCAAAGCUUGGGAAUUCCAAUUGAGCGAUGCCGUCGAAUUCCCCACUUAUACCGAAUUCGAUACUUUCUGCAAGAAAAGAAUUCGCGUUCUAGAAGCGUUACCGGCGACUAAGCGCGAAAAACAAACCGAAACAGAAAAAUCCAAACCGGGAAAAUCUAAGCCGAUUUCCGCUCACUCAACAACCUCCGUGAAAAUAACAUGUCCGGUUUGUCAACAAAACCAUUUAAUUUACCAAUGUACAGCAUUUCUUUCAAAAUCGAUAUCCGAACGUUUCAAUUUUAUCAAACAACAAAAACGAUGCGUCAACUGCUUUUCUACAAAACAUUCGGUUACGCAAUGUCCGAGUCCGCGUUCGUGUAAGGAGUGCAAUCAACGGCAUAAUACUCUGUUACACUUUCCAACAAAACCGGACGGCGCGUCCUCAGCCAAAAGGGAUGCCGCGUCGUCUGCACCAGGAGAAGGAGUGACCAUCCCUGAUCACGGAGUUGAGAUAAGUGCGAACGUUGCGUCCGAUACACCAAUUAAUCCAAGUAUUUUGCUCUCAACAGCACGCGUGCGCAUCCACUCGCAUAACGGCCGAAACAUUCUGGCUCGCGCUUUGCUGGACCAAGGCUCCGCGGCGACUCUCAUCACCGAGUCAUUAGCUCAGGUGCUCCGCCUCCACCGAACGAGGCAACACACUCGAAUUACCGGAAUCGGAGGAAUUCAGUCGCAAUCCAACCACGUUGCUGAAAUAACAGUUACGCCAGCCAAAUUGAAUGAACCUGCAUACUCCACAACCGCAAUCAUCAUGCAUUCUUUAACCAGGUACGUGCCUUCACAAAAGGGCGCAAUCAUUAAUUGGUCUCACCUUGCAGAUCUGAAUUUGGCGGACGAGGACCCCAUGAGCGCGGAUUCUAUCGAUGUUAUUAUCGGAGCCGACUUGUACGGGCAACUCCUUCUGCCGGGAGUGAGAAAGGGUUCCGCGUAUACUCCCACUGCUCAGAAUACGGUGCUGGGAUGGAUACUCUCCGGUCCAGUACAAUCCUCCAUUCCCUCCUCCGUCGGUAUCCACCAUAUCUCUGUCCUGGAGGACCUCGACCAGGAUCUGCGGAGGUUCUGGGAAAUCGAGGCCCUCUCUUCUCCCGUUCUCAUGACGCCUGAAGAUAAAAAAUGCGAAUUACAUUUCAAAUCGACACACUACCGUGCAUCAAACGGACGCUAUAUAGUUCGAUUGCCUUUCAAAACCGAACCUCCAGUUAAAUUAGGAGAAUCGCGACCUGGAGCACUACAAAGUUUCUGCGCGCUUGAAAGACGUUUAGCUCGCGACACAACCACACUUCGAAUGUAUCACGAAUUCCUUUCAGAAUACGCCUCUUUCGGUCAUAUGAAAAAAGCCGAUCUUCUUUCUCCAAUCACGAGAGAUUGUUAUUACAUACCGCAUCAUGCCGUCUUCCGCGAAAGCAGUGAAACUACUCGCCUUCGUGUGGUCUUUAAUGCUUCGCGCCGAUCGUCGAAUGGAAAGUCCUUAAACGAUCUUCUUCUAACCGGACCAAAACUCCAGCAGGAUCUUGUCGCCAUAUUAAUUCGAUGGCGUCAGUUUCAAUUCGUGUACACCGCGGACGUGGAGAAAAUGUAUCGCCAAAUUCUUAUCGACCCGCGAGACCUCGAUUACCAGAGAAUACUGUGGCGGGAUUCGCCAAUCCUACCAGUCGAGGAGUAUCAACUUCUCACGGUCACAUAUGGAACCGCUCCAGCUCCGUAUUUAGCUCUUCGCGUCUUGCAACAAUUAGCCGAGGACGAGGGCUCGUCCUAUCCCGAGGCGGUUUCCGUUCUUCGCGAACAAGCCUAUGUAGAUGACUUUCUCUUCGGAGGCGACAGCCUCGAGUCCGCUCGCCAAUUGCGAGACCAAAUCAUUGAACUCUUAGGAAAAGGCGGCUUCUCGUUAAGAAAAUGGGCUAGCAAUAGCUCCGUGCUUCUGUCCGACAUCAACCCUCAAAACCACGGACUCGCGACGAGUAAAUCAUUAAAAGCCGACGAAAGCAUUUCCGUGCUCGGCAUUAUAUGGAAUCCAGCGUUAGACCAGUUUCACUUUAGAUUAGCAGUCCCCACCGAAAUGCCUAAGACAAAACGAACGAUUCUUUCUACCAUAGCAAAGCUCUUCGAUCCUUUAGGUUGGAUCGCGCCAGUCAUCAUCGUUGCAAAAAUAUACCUUCAGACUUUGUGGUCCAGUCAAUGUGAUUGGGACGACGUUCUCCCAAGUUGCCUUCUCUCAAAGUGGCAUAAUUUUUACGAUCAACUGCCUGAUUUGGAACACAUUUCCAUCCCACGAAAGAAUUCUCCGCAAAUCAUUAAAACUCAAAGCCUGCAUGGGUUUUCCGAUGCCUCAACGAAAGCGUACGCGGCUGUUGUCUACUCGCGAAGUGUUCUGUGUGACGGUACUGUUAGCAUCUCACUCGUCCUUGCCAAAACUCGCGUAGCUCCACUCAAAACGAUCAGCGUGCCCCGAUUAGAGUUAUGCGCCGCGUUGCUCCUUGCUCGCCUCUUAAAAUUCGUUCGAACCGCGUUAAAUCAGGACACGAUUGAAUCCCAUUGUUGGACCGACUCCAAUGUUACCUUAGAGUGGGUAAAUCAACCACCGACCCGAUGGAAAACCUUUGUCGCAAACCGCGUAGCACUCAUUAACGAACUUAUUCCUAACGCACAGUGGCAUCACGUAUCAACCCACGAAAACCCCGCCGACUGCGCGUCCCGAGGGAUGUCUAUUAAACAAUUAAAGGAUUACCAAUUAUGGUGGUUCGGUCCUCAGUGGCUGCACCAGGAAUCCUCUUGGCUUCGCGCGACUCCGAACCCAAUUCCUGCUAUCUCGCUCGAAGAAAGACAAUCUUCUCUUCCUAGCCUCACUGCCUCGUUCGAACAGUGGGAUUUAGCAGCGCGUUAUUCGUCGUGGGCGAAACUCCUGAGGAUUACCGCAUAUUUAUUGCAUUAUAUAGACAUCCUCCGCGCACGAAUCAAGAGAAAACAUGAAAGUAAACUUACCAAAUCCAAACCGGUAACUUUUGCUUCGCCAAGUGUUCUGAAGCCCGCCGCGAUCCACCAAGCUCGCGUAUUUUGGCUACGCAAGCUCCAAACCGACGCGUUCCCGGAGGAAUUGAAAGCCCUAAAAGCAUCCAAGCCGAUCCCGAAGACAAGUCCUCUACUUUCUCUCGUACCGUACUUGGAUACUGACGGUUUAAUACGGGCAAAAGGGCGCCUGGCUAAAUCUCAACUCGCUGAAAAUGCAAAAACACCCGUUAUCCUUCAAUCACACCCACUCCUAACAUUGCUAAUUGAGAAUGUGCACCGUAAUCUGCUACACGCGGGACCCAAGCUCACGCUCGCUUACCUAAGAAAUGACUUUUGGAUCAUUCGAGCACGAGCGACCAUCCGAGGUAUUUUAUAUAAAUGCGUCGCGUGCGCACGCGAGAGAGCCGACGUUCCCUCCGAGCUCAUGGGGGACUUACCAGCACCUAGAGUUACAAGGGUAGAACGACCAUUUACUCAUACAGGCGUGGAUUAUGCAGGUCCGAUUCAAGUAAGAACCAACUCUGGCCGCGGACAUAAAUCUCAUAAGGCGUAUAUCGCGGUAUUUAUCUGUUUAACCGUUAAGGCAACGCACCUCGAAUUAGUGAGCGAUUAUAGUUCGUCCGCUUUCCUAGCAGCGUAUCACCGAUUUGUGUCUCGCCGCGGGAUUCCACGAGCAAUGUAUUCCGAUAACGGUACCACAUUCCAAGGAGCAAAUCGCGAAUUGUUAACCGCCUUUCGUUCUGCACUCAAAACCGCCGAUUUCGGUAAUAGAUUAGCAACAGACGGAAUCGAAUGGCACUUCAUGCCCCCGAACGCUCCCCACUUCGGCGGAUUGUGGGAAGCCGCGGUGAAAAGCGUCAAAUACCACCUAAAGCGUACGAUCGGCGCACACACACUCACGUUCGAAGAAAUGACGACCUUCUUAUGUCGGGUCGAAGCAUGCCUCAAUUCGCGACCGCUUGGAACCGUUUCCGACAAUAUUGACGAUUAUCACGCGUUAACACCCGGUCAUUUUUUAAUUAAUGCACCACUUGUAACUCCGCCCGAACCGAGUAUAUUAAAUGUAAAAGACAAUCGGCUAUCUCGCUGGCAACUGUUGCAAAAGCUCACCGAAACCUUUUGGAAAGCGUGGAGCCAUGAUUAUUUGCACACCCUUCAUCAACGACCAAAAUGGCAAAUCAAACAAAAUCUUACCAAAGUAGGUCAGCUCGUGUUACUUCGUAAUCCGAUUCUGCCGCCAAGUCGAUGGGAAAUGGGACGCAUCACCGCCUGCCAUCCAGGGAACGACGGUCUUGUCCGCGUCGUCACCAUCAAAACUGCGCAGUCCGAAUACACCCGUCCAAUCACUAAAAUCUGCUUUCUUCCCAUCACGAUUAACGCUGAAGCUGAGAAAAUUACGACGUCACAAAGUAAUGCGUAG